AAAUAAUUAUUAGAACGUACCGAUCGCGCGUCGCGUACCUUGUGCGAUUUUAAACAAAAAGAAAUAAAAAACACUCACACAAUACACGGAAUCAUCACGUUUCCGGUGGCCAAAGCGUUGGGGCAACAAUAGAAACAGCAAACACAAACCCAAAUCCCCAAAGCACCUAACCUACAGAUCGAUUUAUUCUAGAUACAUACCUUUAGAUAUAUUCUGUAAUUGGUGCGGCUUAUACUAAAAGGGUGCUUUCACCCACCCACAACGAACAAAAUGAAGUCGAAUCCGGCUUCAAAUCAUGUGUACUUCAACGACGGCUUCAAAUGCUCGACAAUUAGCAUUAAUGCAAAUCUGGCGGAAGUCAAUGAUAGCACCACCAAUAGCGUUGGCUCCCAGGGAUCCAAGGAGUUUAUCUUAACCGAAGAUGGCAAGAAAGUGAAACCUUCAAUGAGCACUGGAGAAUGCACUAGAAAUUGGCUAAAAGAGUGCAGUCGACGCACUUUCAAUCGGAAAACUCUGCACAAAAGGCUGCCCAUAGUCCAAUGGCUGCCACGUUACAAUAGUGAGGAUGCAGUGGGAGACUUGGUGGCUGGAAUAACAGUGGGUCUAACAGUUAUACCACAAGCUUUGGCCUAUGCUGGCAUUGCCGGGCUUCCAGUUGCCUAUGGUCUCUAUGCCUCAUUUUUGGGCUGCUUUGUCUACAUAUUUCUGGGCAGUUGCAAGGAUGUACCCAUGGGUCCAUCAGCCAUUGUGGCUCUCUUGACUUAUCAGGCUGCGCAGGGAUCGUGGCAGAAAUCGGUUUUACUCUGCCUACUUUGUGGCAUAGUCGAACUACUGAUGGGCCUUUUUGGUCUAGGUUUCCUAAUAGACUUUGUCUCUGGGCCCGUCUCAUCGGGCUUUACAUCGGCAGUCUCCCUCAUUAUAUUGACUUCACAGAUUCAAAGCGUUCUGGGUAUCACAGCCAAGGGCAACACGUUCGUAGAGAUCUGGACACAGGUUUUUCAGAACAUCAAACACACUCAAGCUGGCGACACAGUACUUGGACUUACAUGCAUUGUGGUCUUGCUUCUGAUGCGUUCGCUCUCCUCCUGCCGCAUUGGACCCAAAGAGGAAGCAGAAUGGUCGCCCUUCCAGAGGGUAGUAAACAAAAUCCUCUGGAUUGUAGGAACAGCCAGAAAUGCCAUUCUGGUUGUUGUGUGUUGCUUGAUGAGCUAUUUGCUACACAGUGAAGAACAUGGAACGCCUUUCCGUGUGGUUGGUGAUAUUCCUCCUGGAUUACCAAGCAUAAAGUUGCCCCCCACAUCGCUGAGUGCUAAUGAGACGAGCAAUGGAGUGGCUCAAGGAUUUGUUGAGAUGGUCCACAGCAUGGGUUCGGGCCUUAUUGUGGUGCCUCUGAUAUCACUGAUGGAGAAUAUAGCCAUUUGCAAAGCUUUCGCUAAUGGCAAGCCAGUGGAUGCCUCACAGGAACUAAUUGCCAUUGGUACGGCUAAUAUCUUUAAUUCCUUUGUCCAGGGAUUCCCGGGCACCGGUGCUCUUAGUCGCGGAGCUGUCAAUAAUGCGAGUGGGGUUCGCACCCCGCUUAGUAACAUCUAUUCCGGAGCUUUGGUUAUGAUCGCUUUAGUGUUUCUCACUCCGUACUUUUACUUCAUACCCAGACCAACUCUGGCGGCCAUUAUCAUCUCAGCGGUGGUGUUCAUGGUCGAAGUCAGGGUGGUCAAGCCAAUGUGGAGAUCGAAAAAGAGUGAUCUAGUGCCCGGCGUUGGCACCUUUGUGGCCUGUCUUGUUUUGCCUCUGGAAUGGGGUAUUCUAAUUGGUGUGGCUCUCAAUGUCAUCUUUAUACUGUAUCAUGCGGCUAGACCCAAACUCACAACGGAGCUGCUGAUCACCAGUCACAUGGGCAUAGAGUAUAUGAUGAUUACACCCGAUCGUUGUCUAAUAUUUCCCUCGGUGGACUAUGUGAGAAAUCUGGUAAACAAACAGUCCAUGCGACAAAAUGUUCCAGUUGUGAUUGAUGCCUCACAUGUGUAUGGAGCCGAUUUUACCACAGCCACCGUCAUCGAUUCCCUGAUCAGUGACUUUAAUCAACGUGGCCAAUUGCUCUUCUUCUACAAUCUGAAACCCAGCAUUUGCGCAAUCUUUGAGCAGGUGUCGGCUGCCCAGUUUGUUGUCUACUACCAGGAGGAGCAAUUGGACGAAUUGCUCAAGGAACGGCAGUAUGGCCAAAAGCGCUUGGAGACGGCAUGAGAAGGCAUUAAUUAUGCCAUGUUAAACGUGAUACAACCACAAAUUUAGUUAAUUAUUUAUAAAUUAGUAUAGACAGACGUUUUUUGUACAGUAUUAGCUUGAGCACAAAAGACACACCUAUUAGUCCUAAGAAAGCAAAACAAGAACUAAUUAAGUGUACAUACAAAUUAUAUUGAGGCGUUCGUGCCAAAGUUUCGAAUCUUGAAUGAAAGUCGACUGAUAUUUGAGUUUCCAACGAUAAUAAUAUAUAAGUAAGUCUAUCUUCCACCAACAAUAUCAUUGAGCAAUGCAAUCGUUCCUAUGGAAGCAGAAUGAUAGUUCAUACACUAAUCAUUGGCAUCUUUUUAACAUUAUUUACAAAGUCUAGAAAUAUCUGUUUAAUUAUAAAUAAAAUCCACUUGAGGCUAACUUAUGUGCGCCGAAUGGUAAUUAAUUGUA